AUGAAGGCAGGAAAGGCUUUGGUGGUUCUUUUUGAGGAGGGUAGUAAGGUGCUCUUCAAGGCCAUCACAAAUACAAUUUCAGAUAUUAUGCUUCGAGAUCGGAUGUCUAAGACGGAAGCAGAGAUGAUUCUGGAUGUCACGGCAUGUGCAAACAAGAACAAAAUGAAGGAUUCAUUUCUAAGGAUGCAUGAGGCCAACUCUAAGGAAAGAGGUGGUUCUCCAUAUAUACAAUCGAAGAUACUCGCUGCUUACACCGUUCUGUCGGGUACAAGCCCAAGUUUCUUGGAGGAGUUCCAAUCUAGAGAGAAGAAUCCAUCUGGAAAGGAGCAAAAAGUUCUUUCUACAAAGAAUAAAAGAAUCCAAUUUUGA